GCUGUGUACAAAUUCCGGGGCUCUACCCCACCCCCCAAUGCGUCCUGGUCAUGGUCAGAGCCGAUCUGGAGCUCGAGUUGUACAACCUUAACACACCGCCGCUCGGACCUAAGGGAACACAGGGCCAACCCCCCGGGGAGGACAUCCCCUACACCAGCAAGGCACCGAGCUGCAUGGGAAAAACUGGGAGGAUGUUGAAAAGAAUUCGGCGACUGAGCGGGGAAGGUCUCGCGGUGAAUUUUGACAAUGGUAACAUGAAAGCGAUGAGCCUGUUGCUGGCCGCCGUUAUUGUGGUGGUGGUUUCGUGCAUGGACGUGGCGUCGUCUGCUCAGAAGGACAUCCCCAAGACCGCCAUAGAUGUGAUGCUAUCUGUUCUGUACGCGGCGUCGGCUGUGUGGAUAUUCGUUACUUUGGUGUUGGGUUGGACAAUGAAACUGACUACGAGUUUAAAAUACAAGUCUAGAAAAAAUAACAAGAUGAAUUUUCAGAAAAUCGGCGCCAUGGUAUUUGGUAUGGGCGCGAUGGUAUACAGUUCUCUGGGGAUAGCGGAGUUCGUUUCCCUGGCACCCGAGUGCCGCUAUCUGGAAUCCAUUUUUGGACCGCUCCUCUCCAUUGCUUUUACGUCACUUCAGGUUUACUUUCUGUUGGUCUAUGCCAAGGUUACAAUUAACAUGGGCAAGGUUGUUCCAAUAUUAUCCCGGUUUGGGCUGAUGGUAAUAAUGGGGACCAAUAUAUCUGUGUGGAUUCACACCACAAUAUCAGAGGCCCGACACUCGUCUGAGGAAGCCCAUCAUUCAGAUUCCAGUCACAGUGUCAAAAACGACACGAAUUACACAUACGCUUGCGCUGGUGGGAUAACUCUGCAACGUCAACUCUCAUCUUACCUAUACCCGUGUGUCAUUGAAUACAGCCUGAUCACUUCCACAAACAUUUAUCUAAUCUGGAGCAAAAUAUGUCAGCCCACUCACGCUGCGCCUCCAAAGACUGAACUAUCAGAGGACAACCUUCACGCCAAAUGUAACGGCUACGUAGACCCUAAGUCGGUGAGAAAGUCUUCCAGCAUCGCCCGGAUGGAGCAUCUUGGACACGGGCCUCAUCACGUUCAUUUUGACCACCCUCACGGUCACCACGGUUCUCAUGGCCACGUCAAUCGUGCCUUCUCCGCGGUUCUAGCGGACAUUAUCGAGGAAUCGGGCUCGGAAGGUGAGUCGUCUGCUCACUCCGAACCCGCCACGCCCAAGCAAAAAACUGCGGAGGAGUCGGAGUGCAACUGUUUCAAUUCGUUCAAGGAAGGAGUAAGCGGCCACCAAGACAGCUGCCCCGUGAAGGAGAAGGACCAGAAGAUCGAGUUCAGCUCCAAGGCAGACGAAGUGAAAUUCUACUUCGGGGAAGCCAGUGAUGCUGCGUCGGACCAUCACGAGCACGUGGAGCUCCACGAUCAAGCGUCGCAUAGCAACAAGGACAUGAUGUCUGUGAGUCAGGUGACGCGUCACGUGGCCGACUGGCAUCGCCAUAACAACGACCACAGCCAGCACACGUUUCUGGAAGCCAGCGAUCUUGUUCAUACAGGUAGAUCAACGCUGACCAACGUAGCGUCCAGCGUUUCUAUAGCAACAUCAGCUUACGAGGCUCCCCACAUGCCCGACGUGAAGGAGGCGGAAUACUACAACAACCACUGCGGACUUUACAUCGGUCUUACGAUUGCACUGGCGACUCUGGUCACUAUCAUAGUGUUCUUGAAUCUCUUGUACGCCGACAGCAGCGACAUCCUUGGCAGAGUAGAGUACGCAAAUGCACACCUGUUCAUUGCCAAAAUAUCUCUUAACAUACUUAACAUUUUCGCGCUAUUCAUUACGCAUUUCAGCAUCAACAGCCUGAUGAAGAAAGACCCCAAUUUGCGUGGACUACGACUGGGGAAAGAAGGGAGGAGGCAUUCAGACGAGAAACAUCAGCAGCAUCAGCUGGCCCUUGAUAAAGCUCUUCUCGGGAUUUCAUUUAUUGGUCUGAUGGGCUACUGCACAUUGACCAUCAUAGCUGGACUAGGGGUGACCGAUCCUGAGGUGGACGCUGGACUGACCACCGCCGACGCUGCUAUUGUUAUGAUAGAGGCGGUGCUUCAAACGGUUUUCCUUGUGACGUCAUUCUUACCGCGGAGGGCGACGACGCCGGAACAGCGCGAGAAGCGUCCCGGCAGGCAAGGACUGUUUUUCCUUCUUUGCUGCAACUUUUGCCUCUGGGGCUUGAAUUCAUUUGGGCUGCGAAAUGAAAUAGCCAAUAGUAUCCAGAUUUCUUUUUACACGGUGAACGCAUGGGUGAUUUUGUCUCACGUCACACUGCCGCUGAUGAUAUUGUAUAGGUUUCAUUCCAUCGUGGUUAUUUCUGACGUCAUAACGCAUGCGUACACUCCUAAAUACAUUGGACUGGACACACAUAAGAUAUAAACUGCUACUCGAGUAUUUAAAGUUGGCGCAUUGAUGACAGAGAUGUGAUUCAAAAUGAUACCAGUGAUUGAUUUUGAGUUGAUUUUUUAUAAUCAACAAAACAAUCAAAUUGAACAGUAUGUUCAAAAUAGCAUAAAUUCUAUCAAGGUGACUACUGAAUAUAAAUCAAGUUUGUGUUCGAGAGAAAAAGCGCCACGUUCUGGCAAACCUCAUCUACGCUUUACUUAAUGUCCCUAGGGGUAAACGUGGCUACAUAAUUAUCAUGAAAUGAUCUAUUUUUGUAUACAUGCUCCACAGAUGCCAAUAUAAGAUAUGACGUCACUGACGUCACAUAGCGUCAGGAAGAAAGAUAUUCACAAUUAACGUAAGCAAACUACAUCUAUCAACUAUUCACAUUAGACGAGUUAUGACUUCAACACAUCUGUCAGACACUUGCCAAGGUAUGAUGUGACGUCAUUUAAAUAUAUGACGUCAGCAAGAUAAAUAUUUACAGCUGACACUGAAUUAUCUCUUAAACACAACUGUCAGACAGUUGAGAGCAAUACCUGGGUAAAAACAAAAAAUGACUGGUGAAAAAAAUGUCGAGCAAGCGCACUGUAAAUAUUGUCAUGACAUGUUAGUAUGAUUUCGGCCUGUAGCCAACAAUUUCAAAACGGGGGUUCUUUAUUUCUUGAAAAAUGAACCUUUUACCUCCUUUAGCUGGCCCUACUUGCGAAAAAUAGAACCUGGGGCAAACCUCGAAUCAGAGCGGACUAUUUUCCGACAAAAGGGGUUGUUAUCUCCACCAUUACCC